AGACUUUUGCGAGCACGCUUUGCUUCCACUUUCAUUUCGCUCGCGCUAGCAGCUACCGCGAGCGAUUCCGUUGCGAUCAGGAGAGAGAGAGAGAGAGAGAGAGAGAAGGAGAAGAAGCGCUCGAAGGACUUCGACAAUGGCGGCGAGGCCUUCUUCUCCGACGACGCCGUCGUGUAGCUCCUCGUUUUCGUCUCAGUUGCCUUCUUCCUCCGGGUCCCCUCCACUCCCCAUCAUGGCCCUCCGCGAGAAGAUCGUCGAGAAGAUCCUCGAGAAUCGUGUCACCCUCAUCGUCGGCGAAACCGGAUGCGGGAAGAGCUCUCAAGUGCCUCAGUUUCUGCUAGAGAGAAACAUCUAUCCCGUAAUAUGUACACAGCCUAGCAGAUAUGCAGUAGUAGCCAUGGCAAAAAUGGUUGCAAAAGCCCGUAAUUGUGAGUUGGGAGAGGAAGUUGGAUAUCACGUUGGUCAUUUAAAGAAGAUAUCUUCCAGCCCAAAGAUUGCUUUCAAAACUGCGGGAGUUUUGUUAGAUGAAAUACGUGACAAGGGUCUGAAUGCGCUUGAUUGCAAGGCUAUCAUACUAGAUGAAGUGCAUGAAAGAUCUGUAGACUCUGAUCUUCUUCUGAUCUACGUGAAGCAGUUUCUCCUAGAGAACAACAACCUCAGGGUGGUGUUAAUGUCUGCAACAGCCGAUAUUGCAAAAUACAGGGACUACUUUGGAGAUAUUGCUAGGAAUGAAAGAGUAGAGGUGGUUGCCAUUCCUAACUCCAACCAGCAAACCAUUUAUCAAAGAAGAGUCUUAUAUCUUGAGCAGGUAACCAAAUUGCUUGGAACUAGUUCAGAGUCAUUGUCAGUGGAAUAUUGCAAUGGGGAAAGCCCUUCAACAGCCAAUGCAGAUAUUGAACCUGAAGUCCACAGACUCAUUCAUGAUUUGGUAAUGCAUAUACAUGAAAAUGAGCCAGACAUUGAAAAGAGCAUAUUAAUUUUUCUGCCAACAAUCCGUUCAUGGGAGGAGCAAUGGCGUCUUUUGAAGUCCUCAAGUUCGUUGUUCAAAGUCAUUUUGCAUAACGGUAAAUACAUAGAACAAGCUUUGUUGGAUAUGAAGAUCUGGAAGUCCCACCGUAAGAUAAUAUUAGCUGCCGAGUCAUCAGUGACAAUUCCAGAAGUAGCCUUUAUAAUUGAUUCGUGUCGCUCAUCACAAGUUUACUGGGACAGUAAUAGGAAAUGCGAAUUAUCAGGGUUCAUGUGGGUAUCCAAAUCUCAGGCUGAGCAACGAAGAGGAAAAACCGGUCGGACCUGUGAUGGAGAGAUUUAUAGAUUGGUAACUCGAUCAUUUUUCAGUGAUCUAGAGGAUUACGAGUGUCCAACUAUGCUGAGAUUAUUACUGCAACAGCAAAUACUUCUAAUCUGUUGCGCUGAACUAGAGGCCAUCAAUGAUCCCAGAGUGUUGUUGCAGAAGGCUUUAGACCCUCCUGAUCCUGAUGUUGUUCAAAAUGCAUUAGAUUUGUUAGUUCAUAUGGGUUUACUCCAGAUAUCUCAUAGAGGGAGGCUUGAGCCAACGUUCUACGGACGUCUGCUUGCCAGUUUUUCUCUGUCUUUUGAUGCAUCUCUGCUCAUGAUUAAGUUUGGGGAGGUUGGAUUGCUGCAUGAGGGCAUUCUUCUUGCUGUAUUGAUGGAUACGCAACCUCUACCCAUCAUCCAUUUUUUUGGGGAGGGUGAUUUGUUCGCAAAGUACCUCGACAGCUACUUUAGCAGAGAUACUAACAAGCCCACAAUCGGUCCUCUAAAGGAGGUGAUCUUAAUGGCGAACUUGUGUGCCUUUAAGUUUUGGCAGCGCAUUUUCAAGGACAAGUAUCGCACUAAGCAUUUAAAUCAAGUUCUACAAUUUGAUGACAUGAAAGCUACAGAGAUGGUGCUGGAGACUGAAGAAGAAUGGUGCUUCUUUCAUAAUCUUAGACAGCCAUCACUUAAUCAUGUCGCUAAAAUAUAUGAAGAUGUCCUGAGUUCAUUGCAUCGAUUUCGGCCCAACUUCGUUGGUACAUCUAAAGGUUUUCCUUCUUAUUACUAUCCUUGUGACUUCCAACACAAAUGCCUCCUUGAGUGUCGGCCAAAUGAAGAUGAAGAUGAAGAUGAAGAUGCAGCUGGCCUAGAUGACGAAGAACUUGAAUCAUCUGCCGACACCAGGGAAUGUGUUGCUACGCCAUUUGUUACCCCAAAUGACUUCCAGACAAAAAAUGUGGCUGACAAAUUGACAGUUGUUGUCAAAGAGAUAAAAGCUCAUUACUUUGGAUUGGCACCCGGUGAUCAGCCCAAGAGUUCUUCCGAGAGUCGUUUCUCUGUUAACAAGUGGGGUAAAUUAUGUAGACAUUUUCUAAAAGGAUCCUGCAACAGGGGCAGUAAUUGCUCGUUUUCUCAUUCAUUCCAAGCAAAACGACCUAUGUGCAAAUUCUUCUCCUCUUUACAGGGUUGUCGAAACGGUGAUUCAUGUUCCUUCUCUCAUGAUCUGGGCACAUCAUUUUCAUCAGUCACUAAGCCAAGUUCAUGCAUCCCAGAAAAUGACGAUGGUGACCCGGCACUACUUAUUCGGUUAUUUCCUGUUGCGGAUUAUGGGAAGAUUCUCAUCUUGGAUGACACCAACUUCCAUUUUACCUCCAACAUUGCUCGGAGUUAUGAUCCUUUUAGAAUGGUUGCCACCACACAUCUUCUGGAAUCCCCCAUAUCUGACCCGUCAUUGACUGAUGUCAAGAUUAUGUGGGGACUCCAUCACCCAUACCAAACCAUCAUAGGGAAAUCUGCGGAGAGUCAAGUUCUGUGGAUGUCAGUGAAAUGCGUCUUGUGGUUUCCUGAUUUUGAAAUUUGCGGAUAUGGAAAAAAUUUGGAGGGACAGAGAAGGUUAAUGAAGAAUUUCUUUGAGUAUCUGGCAAUUCGGCUACUUGCUGACGCUUUAUGUGAAGUGCCGGUUGUUCUUACCAUGAAUAACCUUAGGUUUUCAGAACUGCAGGUGGAGAAGCUGGGAAGGAGCAGCUUCUUCUUUCUCACCAAGUCAUUUCCUUUCGCCGAGCAGAGCUACGGGGAACUAUCGGAUGUUAUACCCACCAAGAAACCGAUGGAGGUAUCCAAGCCCAUCUCGUAUGUUUUUCGCAUGUACCCUCCCGCAGACAUCGAGCCCGAUGAUUUCCAAGCUGCGAUACGGAAAUGUCUGCAUGAUGUUGAGUAACUUUCAGUGGCGCAUGGGAUCAAAAGGUCAUCGAUUGUUCAUAUGAAGUUUCGAGGAUUCUUCCUUUUGUGAGGUUCUUCCGUGAAUGCGCUUAGGCAUCGCCGUGUUACGUUGGACAGAUGACAGGAUGUUUAUUGUAUUGUAUGUAGUUGAACUAUCGAAAGCCCUCGCCCGUUGCGACAUUGCUUCUUUGCAAAGUGUGUAGGUUGAUGCAGAAUACUCGAGUAACGCAAACAUGUCGAGGUCUUCUGGGCCAUUGGAAGCUCUUCUUCAAUUCAGUCCUUUUGAGUUUGA